AAACGCCUACCGGAACAGACACUACUGGAACAGUUAUUACGAUACAAGAAGAUCUAAUUCUUACUAAUGACGAUAAAGAUUUUACUCGUAUUGUGGUAAUCGCUAUUGAUCAAUCUGACUACAGUCGUUAUGCAUUUGAUUGGGCUGUAAAUAACUUUUUGAGAAGAGAAUCUGAUUUGGUUGUAUUAGUUAAUGUUCGACAAAUUCCAUCAGAACCUGGUCCAUUCGCUGCCGGUUAUUUAAAUUUCAGUGAUGUUAUGACUAGUUUAGAAGAUCAGAAUAAACUUGAGAGUCAUGAAUUGCUUCAUGAAUUCGCGGCAAAGUUAAAGGCUGAAAAGUUUGCAUGUAAAGCAAUAGCCACACGAGGAGACGCUCGUGAUGAAAUUGUUCGCAAAGUUUCCGAACUUAAGGCUGAUGUUUUGAUUCUUGGGUAUCGUGGUUUAGGAGCUAUAAAACGUGCUGAUAUUUAG